AAUAUGGAACCGUCACAAGUUUCUUUGAAGAAGCGAUUUACAGAUUUAUAGGAGAAGAGUGGCGGAAUUGGGCAAUGAUAUAUAUAUAUAUAUGUUUAUUGCAAUCUCGAAUCGUGUUCUCUUCGAAGCAAGGUUUUGACUCAGCAAAGGCCAGGCUCCCAACAAAAUUGCCACGAGGCUUACUGUUACUGUUAAUGGUGAAUGCCUGGUGUCAUUUCGGAUAAAAAAGGAGGUCGUCUUUGAGCAGCCCCUUCUCUCCUCGGAAGGUUGCGGGCGGCUUGUUGUAUAAGUACAUGACAUUCAACUGUUCCUGAAAUGUGGCAUUCGAGAAGUGAUGAAGGGUUGCGGCGCAAGCGGUUUUGGAUACAGAUGGUAACGAUGCUAUAGAACUUCUUACGGUGUGCAAGUGAGAGAUAGGCGAGGUAGCUCUUAGUUGUUGGCGGAACAAGGUUUUGGGCUUGGAAAGGAAGGUUGAGGAUUAUGGAGGAGUGCGAAGAUGGAGCGGGUGUUGGGGAUGAGAGUGAGAAGAUGAGUUGCGUGGUGUUCUUGUGACCGAUGUCCGUGUUGGAAAAAACUCUUGAGGGUUUCAUUUCUUCUUCUUUUCCGUUUUUCUUUUUCUAUCCCCCCCCCCCUGUUUUUUUGUUUUUUGUUUUGUUUUUCUUUUUUCUUUUUUCGUACCUGUUUGAGAAAACAACAUUCAAAAUUUUCGAUAUCGAUUGGGACGUAUGCAUGGCUCCACUUUGUACCGAGUGAUCAAGAAAUCGAAUUCAUUAUCAAAUUUUGCGAAAAGUGGUGUCGGUCAGGGUUUAACGUGGAACGAGGAAUUACAAUUGACAUCCUGACGCUUGAUUCUCACGAUGCCGAAGCCUCGGGAGAAAGUGACGCUUACAGAGCCAGUUCAUUCUGCGACAGGAUUUGGGAAAUUGCACGUCGGUGGCCGAGGAUUCCAUCCUAAGUUGCCAUUCUUCGGCCAUCACAAGACGAAGACUAUUCCACUGGGGGUUCAUUUCACUGGGGUUGAAAAGGCUCAAGAUGACCAUGCGCCGGAGAAGGAGAAAUCGCCGAAGUAUAGGUCCAGAUCGCUGGAGAGCAGUCCGGAUAAAGGGAGCUCAUCUGCAAGGAAGAAAACAGAUGAGCCCGCUGCGGGGAGUGGAAACCACCAUUGGUUGAGGAAACAGAAAAGUGCUGAACCAUCCUUGCCGAGGGUUAAUAGCAUGGAAGCUCGGCCAAGUUCCAAACACAAAAAGAAGAUUAAGUUCCCCGACAUUGUGAAAUCCGCGUCAUGGGCACACUUUGUCGAGGUCUCGCAACAAGAAGCGUCGCACCUGGAACUGGAAGUCCCUGAGGCAUAUAUUUGCGACAUGUCCUCAUUAUUCGUGGGUCAGAAAUUCGCCUCCGGCAAUCAUACCCGACUCUACCACGGUGUGUACAAGGAUCAAGAUGUCGCAGUGAAGAUUCUCAGGAUCGACAGCUGCGAGGACGCUGACACCGCCACCAAGUUGGAGCGCCAGUUCAUGCAGGAAGUGCACAAUCUGUCCCAACUUCAUCACCCAAAUAUUGUCACCUUCGUAGCUGCAUCAUGGAAACCUCCCGUGUGUGUUCUGAUCAUGGAGUACGUUCCAGGCGGCUCGCUGCGAGCUUUCCUGCACAAAAACGAAUCUGGGUCACUCCCGUAUAAAAUCGUCUUGUCCAUGGCACUGGAUGUGGCCCGGGGGAUGGAAUACUUGCAUUCGCAAGGGGUAGUCCACCGAGAUCUCAAGUCCGAGAACAUUGUCCUCACGGAGGAUCUGCAUCUCAAGUUGACAGACUUCGGUGUCGGAUGCUUGGAAACGGAGUGCGAUUCUAAGAAUGCCGAUACAGGCACGUACCGCUGGAUGGCUCCCGAGAUGAUCAGCCACAAGCAUUACUCCAAGAAGGUGGAUGUGUACAGCUUCGGAAUUGUGUUGUGGGAGCUUGUGACCGGGCUCGUCCCAUAUCCAGACAUGACUCCGGUGCAAGUUGCUUACGCGGUGGUGAAUAAGAACCUGAGGCCUCCUGUUGAUGAUGACUGUCCACCAGCACUUCGACAUUUGAUGGAGCAUUGCUGGUUCGCCAAUCCGGAACGACGACCCAACUUCUACCAAAUUGUACAAACUCUAGAAGACUUGGACAAUCCGUUGUCGGAGGAGGCUGAAGUGGGUUGAGAGGCUGCUGCAGCUGGCAAUUUUCGUGGUGGCGGUGGAAACCAUGAUCUUGUGCCAUUCUUUUGCAGGAUUAGAGUCUCCGUAGCAUGCUCAGUUUGUAGUUUUACAGAUUGUAUUUUUGCCAUUCUUUGCAAUAACACUGUUCUUUGAGGGAGCAUCAAAAGAAAUACAGAAGAAUUUUGACCGGUAAUACUUUGCCGUUUAGUUAUUCA